AUGAGGGUCUUUAUUGUUCUAUGCGUUCUAAGUGUAGCCUCCUGCGAGUUUGAUGCUGUCCAUCAGAGAUCAAAGCGAGGAUUUCACGAUGUAAAGACCAUUCACGUCCCCAAACCGUACCCGGUCUACAUACCCAAGCCGUACCCUGUGGUUAAACACGUCCCUAUCAAAGUGAAGGUUCCAGUUAAAAUCACUGUACCCAAGCCUUACAAGGUAGAGGUACCCAAACCAUACCCAGUAACGGUUGAGAAACAGGUGCCUGUACCGGUGGAAAGAAGAGUGCCUUAUCCCGUUAAGGUUCCUAUUCAUGUACCCUAUGCGGUCAAAGUACCUUAUCCGGUACCCAAACCGUAUCCCGUCACCAUUGAAAAUUCGUAUCCCGUCAAGGUACCGUAUCCGGUCGUCAUCGAAAAUAAGGUACCGGUGGUGAUCGGCAGCAGCCACCACGGUUUCGACCAUGGGUGGUGA